CGCUGAACUGAUUUCUCCAGUUAUGGCAUUAAGUGAUAAGGUAGCUCUUGUAACUGGUGCCGGGCAAGGUUUAGGGAAAGGCUUUUCUGACAUUCUUCUGAAAAAUGGAGCAAAGGUGGCACUGUUGGAUAUAAAUGAAACGGUUGGGAAAAGCGCCAAAGCGGAUUUUGAUAAAGAGUACGGAGAAGACCGUACCAUUUUCUUGAAAUGCGAUGUGACCUCAGACGAACAACUCAAAGAUGCAUUCCAAAAAACCAUCGAAAGGUUUGCCCGAAUCGACAUAAUGAGCAACAACGCAGGGAUCGUGGACGAGACUAAUUGGGAGAGAACGGUGGCAGUAAAUCUGAAUGCAGUGAUUCGGGGCACCUAUCUGGCACUUCAGCACAUGAAGAAGGACACUGGAGGAGAAGGAGGGGUCAUAGUCAAUACAGCUUCCACUGCAGGCCUGGGUCCCGUCUUAAUCUUGCCUGUAUACGCGGCUACCAAACAUGCAGUAGUUGGGUUCAGCCGGUCUGUGGCAGAUGCCUCGAUGGUGAGUGGGUAUGGCGUGAGGAUCAACACCCUCUGUCCCACUUUUGUCAAAACUCCCCUCCUCGAAUUCAUGUCCAAUGCGGGAACAGCGCAUGUCCACCUCUUCCACCUAGUCCAGGACAUUCAAGCGCGAAUAGGGAUAAUCGAGGUACCAGCGGUGGCUGAGGGGUUCCUGCAGCUGGUGACUGAUGAGGACAAGAACGGGGCAGUGAUGGUGGUGAAAGAGGAAGGCUGCAGCUACAUGGAUUUUCCAAAGGAAUUCAUGCUUGAUCUAAAGGCCCAUAUUCCCUGUACUGAGCCUAAGCCCCCUUCCCAGUAAAUGGUAGUUAUAGUUUAAUGAUAAUGUGACAUGUUCUCACAUUCUGAGCACUUUGUUUUUCAGUGUUGAUUGGCAAAGAAACAUAUGAUGUGAAACUCCACCUAUAACUAUUCAUGCAUUUAGCAGGAAUGUGCAUGGCAAAGAAGUUUGUUAUGUUCCUCUUAAGAGUCUGUCUAACGAGUGUGUUCGGGAAACCCAUGUACUGAGAUGAUUAAAAACCUAACAUACUUGUUUAUCCGAAGAGCCAACGUUAUCGGGAAACCCACCCCUAAAGAGUUAACUGAAGGGAAGGCUAUCUUCAUUUAACUCUUCAGUUACUCUUGAGAAUCCUCCUCACCUCACUCUCAGGAAACUUCACCCUGAUUGUUCUUCUGAGAUUUGAAAUGUUUUCUACAUAUGGUGCCAGAAAAUGGACAUUAAACUCCUGAUGUCUCUUUCCAGAUAUAAUUCCACAGUUACAAAUUCCCACAGACCUGCAUGUUUUAAAUAUCCCAUGACACCCUUCGCAAAGAGUAGGGUGUUCCCCAGUGUCCUGGCUAAAUUCUCAAACUGGCUGUUUCAACUUGCCACCUAAUCAUCCCUUGAUUUAAGUAGCGAGAAUCUUUCUCUC